UAAGGGAGGGAGGCCACACACAGCUUUGGUUUCACAGCGAAUCCAAGACUACUACCCCCCUUCCCAAACAAAACCCAAAUUGCUUUUACAAACCCGAACCCUUCAAUUCCUUCCUAAUCACACUGCAUAUAUAUUGUUUAUUUGUAAAAAAAAAAUUAGAAAAAAAAAAAAUCUUUACUUGAAUUGAAUACAUAUCUAUAUUCUGUACGAGGACUCAGUCAGCAGCAUAGAAAAACCCAUAUCUCCCUUUCCUUUUUCUUGUGUUUUCUUGUUAUUGGUGGAUCGGCUUCUGAAUUCUCAGCUUGUGAAAUUCAGGGUUUUGUUUGGAAGAAGAGCUAGUAGAUGUUGAGUUGGAGAGGUAGAAGGUGAACUGGGUCUGACUUUUUUUUAUGGAUAAUUUAUGUUGCUUCGGUUCUCAGUUCUCAGGGGGACGAUCGUCAGGUGGCUCUGGCAAAGGAAGAAGCCAUCAAGGGCCUAUCAAGUAUGGGUUCAAUCUGGUAAAAGGGAAAGCAAAUCAUCCCAUGGAGGAUUAUCAUGUUGCUAAAUUUGUUCAAUACCAUGGACGUGAGCUUGGACUAUUCGCUAUUUAUGAUGGGCAUUUGGGAGAUAGUGUGCCUUCCUAUCUGCAAAAGCAUUUGUUUCCCAACAUUCUAAAGGAGGAGGAGUUUUGGACUGACCCGAAUAGGUCCAUUUCUAAAGCUUAUGAAAGAACGGAUCAAGCAAUCCUAUCACAUAGUCCUGACUUGGGUAGAGGUGGAUCUACUGCUGUCACUGCAAUUAUUAUAAAUGGUCGAAAGCUUUGGGUGGCCAAUGUUGGUGAUUCACGAGCAGUUCUUUCAAGGGGAGGGCAAGCGAUUCAGCUGACAAUUGAUCAUGAGCCCAAUACGGAGCGGGGUAGCAUCGAAGACAGAGGGGGAUUUGUCUCAAACAUGCCAGGAGAUGUUGCAAGAGUAAAUGGCCAACUGGCUGUUUCUCGUGCUUUUGGGGACAAGAACCUGAAAUCACAUCUGCGGUCUGAUCCUGAUGUAACAAAUGCUGAUAUUGAUGGCGAUACUGAUCUUCUCAUCCUUGCAAGCGAUGGUUUAUGGAAGGUCAUGGCUAAUCAAGAAGCGGUUGACAUUGCGAAGAAGAUCAGGGACCCACAGAAGGCGGCAAAGCAACUAGUAGUCGAAGCAUUGCAUAGAGAGAGUAAAGAUGAUAUCUCGUGUGUUGUUGUUCGUUUCGGGGGGUAAACGACGAGUAUAAUCCCGGCAUGCAGGAUUGUAUAUUAGUGGGGGGUUUUCUGUUGCGGGGAUGCGAUUCUAUACUUCUAAAAAACAAGUUUUAAGCCCUUGUGGUGUCUGGCAUGAGGAUGGAAGUUAUUCCAGAACAGGUUAUAUACCCCUUUCCUUUCGCUGGUCGUGUAAUAUGUAAUUUUAUUUUUGUACUCGGGUUGUGUGGUUUGUUGUUGCUCGAUUUCUUUGUUACGUAGAUUCAUACCAUUAUUUUUGUAUAAUAUGUGCAGCGACUGAAAAAGCUGUGCUGUCGACAGCCAUGGAUUCUUGUAAUAACGAAAUAGGAUGUAUGCAUUUGUUGUGAAUGGACAAAACUGUUGUCUUGUUGGUAUAUUACAACAACUGCUUGGUUGGAGAUUGGA